AUGGCACAGCAACGGAUGGCUCUUUGGGCCGCAGAGGAGAUCGACGAAGAGAUGCACGAUGUCGACGUCAAUCUCGCCAUCGGAAACUACGCCCAGAGCGGGCUCUACGACGAUGCCCAAUCGCGCAUCAACGAAGCCACCCUCGUCGCCGUCCAACAACAAAUGGCCCAACAAGCCGCCUUCGCCCAGAUCCCCGACGUCGUCAAACGCUUCAUCGUCCACUUCCACCAAGCCGUGCUCGACAACAACCUCGCCGAGAUCACCGUCGCGUACGAGAGCGGCUGGAAUCGAUUGACUGAAAAAUAUUAUGCGAAGACGGAGUGGCCGGAGGCGGAGGUGAUUGCGCCGUUGGUGAAUGACGACCAGUUGUUCUUGAUUCUUUAUCGAGAGCUUUAUUAUCGACAUGUGUAUUCUCGCCUUCAACCGAAUAUCGACGACCGCUUCCACUCGUAUGAGAACAGCUGCGAACUGUUCAACUACCUCCUCAACUCCGACGGCCCCGUCACCCUCGAACUCCCCGAACAAUGGCUCUGGGACAUCACCGACGAGUUCAUCUACCAAUUCCAAUCCUUCUGCGUCUGGCGCGCCAAAAUCAAAUCCAAGUCCGACGAAGAACUCGCCAUGCUCGCCGAAGCGGGCCAGGUGUGGAGCGCUUAUUCAGUGCUGAAUGUGCUUUAUUCGUUGAUUCAGAAGAGUAGGAUUAAUGAGUGGAUUAAUGCACAGAGGGAGGGGAGGGCGGAGGAGGAGAUGGCCGAGAUCGUAGGCGAAUUCGGCGUACGCCCGCUUUAUCGCAUGCUUGGCUUUUUUAGUAUUAUAGGCUUGUUGCGCGUUCAUGUCCUUCUGGGCGACUUUACGCUUGCGUUGAAAGUGAUGGAGAAUGUGGAGUUGAACCAAAAGUCACCUUUCACCCGCGUCACAGCCUGCCACGUAACCACCUACUACUACGUCGGUUUCUGCUACAUCAUGCUCCGGCGGUACCCCGACGCCAUCCGCGUUUUCGUUUCGAUAUUGAAUUUUAUAUUGAGGAUGAGGCAGUAUCAUACGCGGAGUUAUCAGUAUGAUCAGAUCAACAAAACGGCAGACAGGAUGUACGCCCUCUUCGCGAUCUGUAACGCCCUGUCGCCGAGCAGGCUGGACGAUAAUAUCGCGAAUAUCGUGAAGGAUAGGUAUGGUGAGCAGUUUGCGAAGAUGGCGAGGGGCGAAGAAGGCAUCCCCGCCUUCGAAGAACUCUUCACCUACGCCUGCCCCAAAUUCAUCUCCGCCAACCCACCCCCUUACGAAGACUCCUCCCUCCUCUCCUCCUACCUCGACUCCUCCCCCACCGAACCCGUCCACCGCCACCUCUCUCUCUUCCUCUCCGACGUGCGCGCCCAGGCCUCCGUUCCCACGCUCAGGAGCUUCUUGAAAUUGUAUGCGAGCUUGGACGCGAGUAAGCUUGCGGGCUUUUUGGAUGCGGAUGAGGAGGAGAUGGUGAUGCAGAUGAUGGCGGUGAAGGGGGCUAGUAGGUGUGUUAGUAGGAUUGCGGGGGGGGAGGGAAGGAGUCUUUUGGAUGGGGAGAUGAUUUCGACGAGUGAUUUGGAUUUCGUUAUUGAUGAUAACAUGGUCCACAUCUACGAAUCCACCGUCGGCCGCCGCUUCGCAGGCUGGUUCAUCCGCAACACAGAGCACGCCCAACGCGUCCUCGACGGUCUCAAGAACAGUCCGUUGCCUAUAAGACCGAGACGCGCGCCUGGACCGGCGGAGGGGGUGGAGGCGCCGGUGGUGCCGGUGGCGGCGAAGAAGGUUGCGUGGGGUGGGGCGAAAUAG